AUUAUAAGAAGCCUCAGAGGAGGCAUGCGUUCAGUUGUUGAAACCCUUAGCCUAAGGAUACGAGCUGAGCCACCAAACUCUCCUGUAGAAGCACAGAAGGAGGACUCUGAGAGAAUAUCUUUACGUCACAGACACAGACUGGACCCACAUCCCAUAGGCUUUAUCUCCCAGAUUCUCCAGCUGUUGACCCUUGUUUUAGACUCUUCUCUUGUACCUGCUGGGCUCCUGUUUGUCUCUGCCUGUCUGGCUGUGCUGAGCGAUGAAGAUCCCUCUGUGGUACCUGGCGGUGCUGUUGGCAUGUCUCUUCACCCCUGGACGCAGUGACUGCCAGGGGGACUGUGUGGCCUGCGGUAUGCUCCUGCAGCAGCAGCAGCUGCAGCAAGCCUUCAAUACCAUGGUGUGCUUGCUGGAGUGUGAGGGUCAUGUCUCCUCUUCAAUCACAUGGGAGGUUUGUAAAAGUGCUGUCAAGCUAUCGCACCAUCCCACACUUUCUGAGGGAGGCGCUCUGUUCAAGAGAACAGGAGAGGAGCUGGAGCUGACCUCUCUUGACCUGAACUCUGACAGUGAACUGCUGCAGUCUGCAGCCGCAGAGCGCUUCCAGGAGGGGGAGCAGGAUGAGGCACCCUUUAAGCAGCGCAGUGUCCAGUAUGACUCAUCACUGCUGGAAUCCUCUGAGGAGGGGGAGGGCCUGCGGGGUCUGGGUCUCAGUCUGGCGGACGAAGAGAGGAAGCUUAGGGGGGAGAGGAAUGUGGAGAGUGACAGCCAGCUAGAAGGGGAAGAAGAUGACGGCUCAGAGGCCAUCACCUUAUCCAAACGCUUUGGUGGCUUUCAGAGGGGGCGCCACGGAUACAGGAAGCUGAUUGGCUCACCCAUGAGGCCCCUACAAAAGCGCUAUGGCGGGUUCAUAGGCGUCCGGAAAUCUGCCCGCAAAUGGAACAGUCAGAAACGGGUGAACCAGCUGCUCAGGCAGUACCUGGGCAUGAGGAACAGCCGCAGCGGCAGGCUCAACAACAUCCCUGUAACUCGGGUUUGGAGGCAAAACAAACUGUAAUGUAUUUCUGUUGCUCUCACUACCCCACUUACCUCAACCAAUCAUGUUUUCAGCAGCUCACUCCAAUUUGAAGUGUGACGUCACCAUCGUCAUCAGAAGAACAGACUCCGCCAUCUUGCUGCACCUCUCUUUGUGUCUCUCAGUAACGAGGAAUGUUUUGACCGUGAUGUCCUUCUUAUUAAGCAUAUUUUCAUGCCAUUCUGUGAAAUAAAAGAAUUAGAGAAGUGCAAUUGAAUAUAUUUUUGUGUGUCGGUAUAAUAAAAGGGGCCAAAUGAGAUUGAUUCACUGCAAGCCGUUCAGCAGAGGUGAGACCUGAGGGUGUGACAUGUAAAAUCAUGUUGAAUGCAUUUUGGUGCAUGUGUGGGACUGAAGUCACGGCUUCAGCGGGUUCUUUUGCACUCUGUCGUCUGUGUUACUAAUAUCCAGCUCUCAUGUAAUGGACUUUUUUGUUACCUCACAGUUUUCCCCUUUAAAAAAUAAGCUUUUUGGGAUUUAUUAAUAAUAAUAAUAAUAAUAAAAUCAAGAAUCUAAUUGGAAUUGGACCAGCGCUGCGCUUUCAAGAUGGUUUCGUCGGAUGGUUGGACAGAGCUGAAGCACAAACUGUUAAUUACUGAUUAAAGAAUCUAAUUUUCUGCUUAAGGAACUUAAUUAAUUAAACACAAUGGAUGUUAAAUAGUUUUUUCUGAACUUUCAAACACUCUGCAUUUCUCCUCAAAAGAAGCCUUGUUCCCUUUGCUUCAUUCUGACGAUUGACAAAAGAAAAUGUCUCUGUCCUUUCUAUUGUGUUGUAAUUUUGUCCAUUUAGUGGUGGUUAUCAAUGUAAGCCUUGGAGGGAUGCUUUUCUCUUACAGGGAUGAGCAGCAGGUUGGCCGGCUCCCUCGAGCUCCUCUCAGUGGAACAAUACUGUCCUCUAGUGUUUGAUGAACAGACGAUGUUGCUUUUGGUUACUGACUGGAUCAAUUUCUUCAGUAACAUUUUAUGUAAUUCUUGGAUUUUCCUGCAAGUUCAGUGAAAUUAGAAAUUCACAUAAGAUGUCAAACACAUAAAUACACUUAAUUCACAGCUGAUACUAACCGAUGUCCUCCACAGUGAAACUAAAAGAUCAGAACAUUCUUAAAACACUAGAGAGAACUAGAGUGUCAUAACCUCAUCCUCUGUGUGACAGCUGAGGGACUGUACAAAACUUAUUUGGGUGUGGAGGAUAGCAGCGUUAUUAAUAUUUGAAUAACUUUAAACAAAAGAAUCAACCUUCCUUCCAAAAAUAUAACUGAUUUAGUACAAUUCAUCUGACUAUUAAAAGCUUAAGGAAGGCAAUGUGCAUAUUAAAAGUGGAAUUAUAAUUUUGUCUGACAAACUAAACGAGGUUGAAUAUUACUGCCACUCAAAUAAAAUUGUUCAUAACCGUGAUAGACCUGCGCACCAACAUAUUGUAAUAUUUCCACCUCGCACCCGGAUUCCAAAUAUUCGAAUAAUACAAUUAUUUUCAUCCCUUACUUACCCUGCAAUUAUAGAAAGGAGGCAGUUUAAAGUGUUGCUAAGGCGGAAAUCAGGAGUAAGGAGAAACUCAUCCCCAGUCAGUUCUCAAACAUUACUCCACCCGAGGCUAUUUACAGAGCUGUUAAUGUCACUGUUGUCCAAUUGUACCGAAGUGCGUGAAGCUGGAAAACUGGCAGGGCCACAGGGUGUGUAUCGCACGUUAGGAUGGGAAAGGAGGUGUAAGUGCCAGGAGCCCUGAAAACCACCAUCUUAAUGUACCAUUUAACAGCAGAGGGAUGAAAUGAACUGUGCAUGUCAGCUGUGCUCAUUAUUACACAGAAUAUGUUUCUGCUUGGGUGAAAAAAACAUGUUCAUUUGUUUGCCAUCGAGAUAUUUUCCUCCACUUGCAGUUCACAGUCAUUCUUUUGCAUCUUAAUAGUGUUUAUUAGUGUUUUACUAUGAGGUGUAAUAACUCAUGCUUAUGAGUGUGUGGGUGAUUGCAGUGUGAGUGCGACUGUGCACGUGCAUGUGUGCGUUUCUCUGUCAAUCCAACACAAAAAAAUGGAAUUUGUGAAUACAGUGCAUUUCUAGCAUUAUACCAUUGUUCUGAGUCGUCAUACCAAAUGUGUAUAGAGAAAACUACAAUAAAAUA